AUGGAACCCAUAUCACCAUCAAAGUCUAAACUCCAGGUUAUGGGAUUUACUCGUACUCGAAGAAUUCUGAUUAUUGGAACAGCCAUUUUCACUGUAUUGAUUUUAGUUAUGGUCUGUGGGGUUUUUAUGACUAGGCCAAACAUUAAUCAUUAUGAAUCUAAAAGGGGCACGUAUUAUACUGUUGUUUUGGAUUGUGGAAGUACUGGUUCAAGAGUAAAUGUGUACAAAUGGAUGUUCAAAGAUGGCUCAAAAUUACCAUUGUUGCUAGAAAGUUACCCGGAAAACUCUGAUACUACUUAUGGUUGUCAGUAUCACUGUCGGCAAACUGAGCCCGGUUUAGAUAAGUUUGUAGGUAAUGCAUCUGGAGUGAUGGUGUCAUUGGAGCCAUUGAUUCGAUUAGCGGAACAAUGGGUACCUGUCGAUAAGCAUUCACUCACACCUAUAUUUGUUUUGGCUACUGCUGGGAUGAGGAAAUUGGAGGCUGAAAGUGCUAGGCUGGUUUUGGAGGAUGUACAGAAAGUUUUAAAGAAACACAGUUUCUUCUAUAGGAAAGAUUGGAUCAGAGUUUUGAGUGGUACAGAAGAAGCUCACUACGGAUGGGUUUCUUUGAAUUACAAGAUGGGAAUAUUUGGCAACCUCUCAAGAUUGCCAUCUUUGGGACUGCUUGAUUUAGGUGGGUCGUCAUUGCAGGUUGUGACUGAAGUGGACAAAUCAAGAGAUGGUGAUCAUAUUAUGAUUUCAAAAGUUGGCUCAUUUGAACGUAGAAUUUUAGCAUACUCAUUACCAGCAUUUGGCUUGAAUGAGGCUUUUGAUAGGAGUGUUGUAUUGCUAACCCACUCUGAGGCACUCCGUGAACGUGGAAACGGUGUAUUUGAAGUUCUUCAUCCUUGUUUGAGUUCCAGUUUUUUGCAAAACUAUACAUGCCUUGGUUGCUUUGUACAAAAUCGUAUUAUAUCGGAAAAUUUGACCUCAAUGAUGGAAGAAAAGAGGCCAAAUACUGUACUGUUGGGAGGGAGCUCAAAUUGGGAACAGUGCAAGGAGGUGGCAAGAGCUUCUGCUGUCAAUUUAAGCAAUCCGACAUUGCCCCAACAGAGCAAGAAUUCAAACUGCAUAGGGUUGUCUUCUCUUGCAGGCAGCAUGCUGUUGAAUGUGACAUCUCAUCCGAACAUGACGAGACACUAUAAUGCAAUGUCUGGUUUUUUCGCAAUCUACAGUCGCUUGAAUUUGAGUAGAACUGCAAAUUCAACAAACAUGUGGGAGACAGGUGAACACUUGUGCCCAAAAUUAUGGUCUGAUCACACAAGCACUUCUGGGCAAGAUUGUUUCCGGGUGCCAUAUAUGGCAUCUCUGAUUGAAGAUGCUCUGUGUCUCAGAAACGUUGAGGUAGUCUUUGGCCCUGGAGACAUUUCCUGGACCUUGGGAGCUGCAAUGAUUGAAGGAGACUACCUGUGGCAUUCCACUGCUACAUCAGAUAGUGACAUUUUCAGCCUGAGAUAUUAUAAAAUGAUUUCAUCCCCUUUUCCUUUAUUUGUUUUACUUUUGUUCCUUCUUCUCGUAGUACAUUAUAAUCAAGUUAAGCUUCCGAUGCCAAGCAGGGAUGCCUCUUGUGCUAGGGCUUGUUUACCAUCUUACCUAUGCUGCAGGUCAUUACUUUUUUGA